UUGCCACCCAGCCUGCUGUAAAACCGGCGGGAGAGAGAAAGAAGGGGGGGACCCCGGCGGGAGGGCACACCCCGUAGACGACCGGGCUGACGCCGCCGGCCCGGCCGGCGCUGAGCGGGCCGUACCGCGCAGGGGCGGGGUGCCGCGGCGCGCGGGACGAUCAGCCUCCGCCUCAGGCCUCGGACGCGACGCGGCGCGGCCCGUCCCGGCCCUCUGCCCCGCCCCGCUCCGGGCAGGCAGCGCCCGGCGUGCUCCGGUGUGGCGGAGCCCAGAGCCCCGCGGGUCCCGCAGCGGACAUGCGGCUCCUCGGCGGUGCUUCCUGCGCGCUGCAGGUGGCAGCGGUGCUGCUGCUGCUCGCCCCCGGCUCCCGAAAUAAAGAGACAAACAACUCCACCAGUAUGACACCCCUUACUACGAUUCCGGACCAUAAGUUGCAAGGCAAUAGCAGUUCAUCCAAUCUCACUGUUAUAUCAUCCACACAAUCUACAGCAACAUCUACAGUCAGUAUGUCCACCAGUACUACUCAUCUGACCAGUACCAGUCAGCCCACCAACACCACUAUGUCUGUCACCUUGUUGACACAGACCACCAAAACCAGCCAGACAACAAGAUCCACCACAGCUUCAUCAGUCACAUCAUCACAAUUCAAUACUACAGCGGUGACCACUUCCAAGGCUUCUUUCACUUCUGUAACAGCCAUAUCAAAAUCUGAGGCUGUCAUAGCCAAAACCUCCAGAUUUGAUGUGGGCAGUUUUGUAGGUGGCAUUGUGCUGACACUUGGAGUCCUAGUUAUUCUCUAUAUCGGAUGCAAAACCUAUCACUCUAGAAGAGGCAUUCAGUACAGAACCAUUGAUGAACAUGAUGCCAUCAUUUAAAGAGACUUCAGGAAGACAGUGUUGGAAACCCAUCCUGUCACAGCUGUUGUAACUUACUUCUGAAAGAAUUCCCUUCCAUAAAGAUGAUCAGUCUCUAAACUUGUCUUGGGUGUGAUCCUGCAAAAUGUUGAGAAGCUCUUUAAACAUCCUGAUUUUUUUUGCAUUUGCUUUCAUAAGAAGAAGAGGAACUCAGCACUUUGUAGAGACAGUAAUUUUUUUCCAGUAUUUUUGUAACCAAAUUUAAAGAAACACACAUGUUGAGUCAUUUUAAGGCAAUGGAUCACAUCAUUGCUAUUCUAAGUUCAGUUGUUUUUCACAUAUUGCGUAAAUCCAGUGUGUUCCAUAAUGGAUAUAGUAGGUUAAAUAGGAUACCUUUGAGACUAAGCAUAGGUUUUUGCUAAGUAAAAUGUUUUUUUUUUCCUCAUAUUUCAUAUUGAAUUGUAUUUAUUUUGAAGUUUGAUAUGAACUUUAGUAAUUUUGGGUUUUGAACAAUUCAGUUAGUUCAUUUUUAUUAGGCUAUAAAGUAACAUGGUUUGCUAACUAUAUAAGGUGAUAAAGAAUACUUUAAACUUCAGUCAUUAGCUCACCAGUGACCAGCAGAGACUUUGCUUAACAAGCUAUACAGUGCGAUCAGCUGCAGGGAGCAUGGACAGACUGGAGAUACCCAUCCACAACCCUUUUCUCUAAAAGGGUCCUUAUAAGAAAACAGACUAUGCAAUCCAUAGCUUCUUUUUUCUAGCAUGUCCUAAUGAAGCAUGUGCAAUUGAAGGUAAAAUAAAAAUAGAAAAAAGUAAUUGCACCAUCAUAAAUAUGAUAAAAUAUGAAAACUGCUUCCAAAAAAUGGUUAAGUUGAAUGUAGCAAUUGCUUCACUCUUGGUUUUUAUUAUGAAGCUACAUGCAGUAUUUUAGCAGCAUUUGAUAAGCAUUAAAAGUUAAACAGAGAAGUGGAAAAUCUGUAUGAUAGCAUUUUAGAAGAAUAUAAUCUCCAUUUUUACAACUACUUUCAGAACUUGGUACUGCUGCACAGGUGGACAGAGGUCUGGUCAAAAGCCCACUGAAGGCAACAGGGCAUCUCUCGGAAGGCCUUUCGAGUAAGGCCCAAAUACGCUGGGGGUCCCGUGCAAGAUGGCUGAUGCUGCUUCCCAUAUCACUGCUUCAUUUACACUGAUGUAAACCUGCUGACUUCAGUAGGUGGGCUCCUGAUCUACACUGGUGUAAGGAAAACUAGAGCAAGGAUCAAGCAACACAGGCUUGCGUCUCCUUAUGUCACUGAAUAAUCAUUCAGUCCAGCUCAGGCUCCGGUUGAAGACCUCUCCCUGGAGAAGAGGGUUGGUGUGGUGGGAGUUGGCUAUCUUGGCACUAGUCUGUCAUGCAGGGCACAGACAGGAGGUGGUGACAGCUGAGGUAGGUUACAACGGGAACCACCUGUAGGUCUGUGGGGGAUGGGGUACAACACAUCAGGGAAAAUAAGACUACAGCUCUGGCACAGGCUAAUUUUUUUGUUAAGCAAUAGUUCAUUCUCACAUACAAUGUUAAAAUGCCCAUAUGGGUGGCCUUUUCUUCUUUCACAUAGAGCAGUAAAACCAUUGUGUCCAAGGCACAGCAGAUUCCAGCAAACCAUGGCUAAUGAGUAGCCUGAACAGCACCAGCUGCGCACCUGAAAUGGGGUGGCAGGGCUGUUUUUUUUUUUUAACUGAGAUUGAAGUACAGGGGGAAGAGUGAUUUGAAGUAACUGGUGUGUUUUUUUUCUUAAUUGCGUUGUCUGGGGGAAGACUUCUGGUUUUGACUUGAAGAGUUUGGAAACAAUUCUUGCAUAGAACUGCAAUUCCUUUUUAGAAAUUAAAGCAAUUAAAUGCAACUCAAUUACUUGGAUUGUCUCACCUCUGUUGUACAGAUGAAUAAAUAAAAUUAAAUCUUUGGAGUUUCUA